GAGCGCGGCCGGGAUAGCGGCAUUCCCGUGCUCCUGCUGCGGAAGUGACGCGCUCGGGGCGCGCCCCGGCAGCGCCGCCGACGGUUCCUGCGGCGGGGCGAGAUGGCGGCGCCCGGAGCCCCGGUGACCGUCACCGUCACUUACAGCAAUGAAAAGCACAGUAUUCAAGUUGCUUCCCAACGAGAAGGUGGUGAACCUACACUACAAGACAUGGCUGUACUUAUUGAACAAGUCACUGGGGUUCCAGUUCCUUUUCAGAAACUGAUAUACAAAGGAAAGUCUCUGAAAGAAUUGGAACAACCAUUAUCAGCACUUGGUGUUAAAAAUGGUUGCAAAGUCAUGUUGAUUGGGAAAAGGAAUAGUCCAGAAGAAGAGGCUGAAUUAAAGAAGUUAAAAGAUUUGGAGAAGUCAGUGGAGCAAAUAGCUAAUAAGUUAGAGGAAGUUAAUAAAGAGUUCACAAGUAUCCAGAAGGGAUUUUUAGCAAAGGAUCUCCAAGCAGAAGCACUAAAACAGCUGGACAAGAGGAUAAAAGGAACUGCAGAGCAGUUCAUGAAGACCCUUGAACAGAUUGAUGCCAUUAAUCUGCCUGAGAAUUUCAGUGACUGCAAACUGAAAAAGAAGGGGUUAGUAAAGAGGGUCCAGGUUUUUCUUGCCCAGUGUGAUACCAUUGAAGGGAACAUUGGCCAAGAAAUGGACAAGCUGCAGUCAAAGAAUUUGGCACUGGCAGAAUGAGGCGUCGCCUUACAUAAUUAGGAAACAUAAUUGCUCUAUGAGCAAGAAGAAAAGUUUGCUCUUUGUUUUGGAGCACAUAUCCAGCUUCCUUUUUUUUUCCCUCAAAGCCCAGUCUGUUAGACUGGCACCAGUCAAUCAUUUCUUGCUGGUUGUCUUGUUUGCCGCUUGGUUAGAACUAUUAUUUUGAAAAGAAAUCCUUCCUGAAGAAUGGCUGAGCUAAUCUUUGUGAAUUGUGUAUCUUAUGGACAAUAAGAUAGUUUAGUUAACUAAGUUAUGAAGUUUUCAGUGGUGGGCAGUUUUGUCUGAUAUAUCUUUGAAUUUAUUUACAGCUCAAAUCAAAGAAGGUCUAUAAUCGUACAAGUGCCAUAAGUUGCAGUUGUAGGACUACAGCUAGAUUGAAAAAGGCAAACUGAGACAACAUCUGGGAAAGCUGAACAUUCUAGUAGACAGUUCAGAGCAAUAAAAAACCCCUACACAUUUGUAUCUACUUAAUGUUUGUAUGCAUUUAUAAAUAUAAGAAAGCUUGACUAUAAGGGAGUCGUACCUAUUUUAGCCUUAAAUUGUCAUAAUAAAUGGAAUGUACUGUAACAUGUAUGGUACUU